AGUAUACCAGCGUUUAAAAAAGAAAGCGCCUUAAAACACCGCAUAUGACUUGCUAGUUUAUUGGUGUCAACUGACGUGGGUAAAUUUGUUAGGAGGGUUUGUCAUAAGAUGAUCACAUGUUAUCAUGAAAUGAUAAGAAGACAAAAUAAGCACUGCUCCUAGCAAUUUUUUAUUAAGUUGUAAUUUUCAUUCUGUAGGCAUUAAGGAUUGCAAGCAAUAGAAAUAUGAUUGGAAGAUGUAUUCUUGUCACUGGUGGAGCAGGAUAUGUUGGUACACAUACGGUUGUAGAGCUUGUUGACGCUGGAUACGAGGUUGUCGUUAUCGACAACUUUGUAAAUGCUUUUAGUGGUGAGUAAGUCUUUCUCUAUGGUGCUGGUAAUGUAGUAAUGUGGUAAUGAUUUGGAGGGCUUUUUGGGUUGUAGCAACACUAAUCAGUUUAGGUCAAAUGUUGCUUUUUAUGAGCCUGUCUACAAUCAGCAAAGAGACACGCUGGUAUGGUACUCACUGUGGCUUAGUUCCCCACAGUUAGGCAUGAUCUUAAAUGGAACAAAUACUAGACAGUCAGAUAUUUUCAGACAAUUGAAAGACUCGUUAAAAGUCUGAACAGUUUCAAAUGUUUGUUUAGAAGUAACAAAGAAGUCCAAAAAUAUAUUAAUUUUCUAGAAGAUGUAAAAAUAUCCACACUUGGGCAUACCAUAAAACUGCUUUGAUCUUGACACUAAACAAAAAUUGGCCUAGGCUGGUAAUCAUAAGGAUUGACUGAAAUCUGUAUAAAAAUUUCAUACAAAGCCAACGGGAGUAUCUUAUUUUUGUUUAGAAGCACUAAGCAAUUCUCUACAUCAUUUGGUAUUGAGGUGGGCUUUGCCUAUGACAGGCUUGUACAUAACAUGAAUUGGUAUGCAUGGUAUGCACAAGACUGUACUGAACACCAACAUUUCAUUGAGCAAUUUUCAAUUAAUGUAAAGUUAACUGAGAUUUAAACUUUUUUUUUUGAUAGAGAGCAUGAAAAGAGUUGAGGAAAUAACAGGAAAGGAGCUUAAAUUUUAUUCUGUUGAUUUACUUAACAAAGAUGCCUUGAAAGACAUAUUCAGAAAAGUAAGAUGUCAUUGGUUUUUUUUGUAACAUCAAACCAAGGUAUUUGUUGUUGUCUAAAAUGAAUUAAACAAAAAAAAAGAAUUAUACAAAUCAACCGUUACUGAAAUUAUAUUAAACUGAAUUCAAUUUUGAUCUUGAUGGCAAUAUGCACUGGUGAAUGAGAAAUGAAAUAAAUUGGAAGACUUAAUACUGUUAGUAAGAGUCUUUCAUAGCUUGACUGUUACUCUCUUGCUACUAGUUUAGGAAAUUAUCUCCCCUUGUGCUAUUACACUAUUUUGUUUUUUUUCAAUCAUGUAGCAUUUUUUUAUCACAUGCCAUAUAAGUGAAUGAAUUACUCUGGGUACAAAGACCAGUGAGAGAACCACAAAAACAAUUUUUAAAAUGUAUUUUCUAAUCUUUGAAAGUGACACCAAUAUUUUCUAUAGGAAUAUCAUGUUUUAUGUUGUAAAUAAAUUUAAAUGGAUAACACUGAGAAAGUUAAUAAAAAUUUGGGAAAUUCUCUAAAUGACAGUACUGUAUUUGACAAAACUUUCUCACAUCAGACUUUUUGUUUUCAGCACAAUUUUUACGCUGUGGUUCACCUGGCAGCUUUGAAGGCAGUUGGUGAAUCAGUACAAAUUCCUCUACAAUAUUAUAACAAUAACAUCACUGGUUCUAUAAAUCUACUGGAGGUUUGUAGUGUUAUUACUGGUUAGGGUUCACAAUUAAUUUAUUCUUGUUGUCAUAUACCACAAGACAAUAUUUUCAAUUAAUCCCUAGGUCAAGUUUCCUAGCAUUAUAGCAAAUUAUUGAUAUCUUGUGGUUUAACUCCAUACAUCAUAAGUUUCUUUAGUGAUUUUACUUUUUUUUCUUGUUCUCAGUGUAUGAAGGAACAUGGGGUUUGGAAUUUUGUAUUUUCUUCCUCUGCUACAGUCUAUGGUGUUCCAAAUUGUCUCCCUAUCAGUGAAGAACACCCAGUGGGUAAUGGAAUAACAAACCCUUAUGGACGAUCCAAGUUCUUUAUCGAAGAAAUUAUUAAGGAUCUAUGCAAAGCUGAAGAGGUAACAAUAUUAUUGCUUCAAUUAACUGUCAUAUGAGGCAAUGUUAUUUGUCCACCAUGUACCCUUGAUUUCUAAGAUGCUUUGGUGUACAAGAUAUAAAUAUCAUACUCACAGAAUAGGUGUUGUCACACAGAAUUUAUAAAUAAGAAUUAAGUUUUAGGCUACAUGUAACACCUUUUUUCCUUAGAAAAUGAAUGCUGUACUGCUGAGGUACUUUAAUCCUGUUGGAGCUCACAAGUCAGGAAAAAUUGGUGAAGAUCCUCAGGUCAGUCAGUAACACGUGCCAUAGUGAUAAAAUGGUUAAGUGCUUGUAUUGCAAAUGUUUCCCUGAACAUUUAAGCAUUACAGUUUUUCUCAUUCAAGGUUAAAAAUUGUUAAAUUACAUUUUUCAGUCUCCAGACAUAGUUGAUUAUUUAGUCAUACUGGGUUGUACGUAGUUCAUGGACUAAAAUCAGGGCUGCCCAGGCUGUUAAACCUUCACACCCUAACAUUAGUAUGAGGAGAAUUUGUUUAACAAUCAAGAGUUUGAGACAUAGUUUGAUGCUACUCAGAUCACCCCUGAUGAAGGCACUAGACAGGAGUGUCGAAACGUUGGGUCUAUGAAUUGUAACUUCUUCAGUUACAUUCAUUAAAUCUGCAAACCAGAGUAGCAUCAAACUAUGUCUGAUUGUCCACCUGGUUGCCAUGUGAACUUUAAUAAAAUCAAGAGUUUCUUCAGUUGAUGAUCAUUAACUUUAUUCUCAUUAUCUUAAUGAAUGACUCAGCUGUGUUACUAUAAAGAGAAAUAAAUGAUAGCCACUCUAAGGGGUUACCAAUCAGAGGGCAAGACUGAGACAAUAGAAAAGUAUAAGAAAGUGAGAAAAGGGCUUUUCUGGAUUUACCAAAACUUGACUGAUUUGUGUAUAUAUUUCAGGGUAUUCCCAAUAAUCUCAUGCCAUAUAUACUUCAAGUUGCUGUGGGCAAAAGAUCUCAUCUUAAUGUGUUUGGUGAUGAUUACAACACUAUUGAUGGGACAGGUAGUGUAUUCUCCAUUCAGGUUAUUUUUUUUUAAAUUAGCGGCACGUAAAGUAGGGCUGUUGUCCAAGUAUUAUGAAAACUCAUUUUAAUGGAUUGUUAAGAGAAGCGAAGGCAUGCAGGGCUUGUUACUGUUUUUUUUUCUUUUUUUAAGUCAUCCUGCACUUUUCAGUCUAUAACCCCAAAGUACUUUUUUUUUUCUUAUAGGUGUGCGGGAUUAUAUUCAUGUGGUUGACUUAGCUGUUGGACAUGUCAUUGCACUGAAGCAAUUUGAAAACAAGUGUGGUUGCCAGGUAAAGUUAAGCUUCCCAGCAGACCCAUAGGAAACAAGUUAUAAAUUGUUCUUAAGACGACAAGUCCAAGGUUUCAAUCUUAAAAAAAAAGCCUUUUUUUCUAGAUCUACAACCUUGGCACAGGAAGAGGAUACUCUGUUCUUGAAAUAGUGAAAGCUGUUGAAAAAGCCUCUGGAAAACCAGUUAGUGUCACUACUGUUGUUUGUUAAUGUUUGUUCCUUUGUCAAGUUUCUUUGUGACUCUUUCUCUUAUUUCUUGGUCUCUGAUCUUACUCUAAAAUGGUAUGAUUACUUAUAUUAAGCCAAUUUUUGUUGUCCUGAAAUAUGAAGCUGUUGGUGUCUAGACAAUGAGCUUUUCCUGUGUUGCAAGACGUGGUGGAGACAUUGUCUCCUAAUUGUCUAUUCCUUCUUAUAGAAAUAUAGCAUAUGUGUUCUAAUGCCUCUUUUCACACACAGUUUCACACUUCUUUAUUCGCUUUUUUCGUUAUUACUCUUGAAGAAGACCCCCUCCCCUCCCAUGUAGAACUUCCAGUUUGUAAUGAGCCCUUCCCUCUCUGAUAGCCUCCCCUCUGUCAGGGAUUUGCCAUGAGUGGAAAGGUUAAUAAAACCAAUUAAUGGUUACAGUUGGCAAAAAAAUGAUCUCCACCAAUUUUGUAGGUUCCAUACAAAAUUGCUCCACGUCGUGAAGGAGAUGUGGAUGCUGUGUAUUCUGAUGCUUCAUUAGCAAAGAAAGAGCUUGGCUGGACAGCAGCACGAGGAUUAGAUGAAAUGUGUAAGUAGUGAUCACUGUUUUUUGUUUUGUUUUCUUUUUGUUUUCUUUAAUAGGGAAGGGCUAGUAGUAACUACACAAACCCAUGUUUUGCAAGGGUUAGGGAUACAAUUAGGAUUUCCUUAAAAAGCAUAAACAUGAUUCUGUGGAUUAUCCAGUUUUCAAAACAGUUACAUGUGUAUGAAAUGAAUAAGUACCAGUACUUUUGUUAAUAGACACUCCUCCAUGGGUUUUGGACUACAGUAAGUCUUGAGAGAGUGUAAAUUGUGUAGUAAAUUCAAUUGGUUAUAUUUUUCAGUGAAUUGCUUUUGGUACUAAUCAAUGGAAAUUGUGUUUUUAGGUGAAGAUUCGUGGAGAUGGCAAUCACAGAACCCAGAGGGAUUCAAAACUCAAAAAGAAUAAGUUGUAGCAAGUAGUAACUAAUAGUGGAUAGAUGCAAAUUGUCUUGUUCUUGAAAGUGUGGAAUCUCUUAGACAGGGGUAUUAAGCUUAUUUUUAUUAGGAACCUUUUGGUGGGACUUGUCUGAUAACCAGGUACAAUACUAUGAGAAACUUAACUUGGUAUUACAAAAGGUUAGAGCUGCUCUAUUACUUAAUAUUGGAAAAAUGAACUAAGGAUGAAAAUUUCUGUGGAAAUGUAAAAGACAUUAUCUUGAAUCGCAAAAAUAUUAUUUUCAUUACAGAUGUAAUGACAUUUAUAGACACAAUUUAUAGUUCUUAGAAAUACGAGAGUAGGGCUUCAUGAAUACAAACUAAUGGAUCAUUUAUUUUCAAUAGUUAAUAUAUUUUAUUGACAAGUUAUCAAUUGACAUUGAGUGGGAAUAAAUCUAUUAUUACUAGAAUUUCUGAUUUACUGAUCAAUCUGAGAACUUAAUAUUAUUUAAUAAAAUAAUUCUAAUUAUGGUAUACAGUGUGUGGUGGAGUGUUGUCUUUGGUGCUUUACAAUAAAAGUUAAUUAACAGGAUAGAAUGAUAUAAGUAAAUUACAACAAAUAAAAAUGGGGAAAUUAUAAAUAUAAUGCAUCCUUAAACAGAUAAGUUUAAAAAAUAGUUUUAAAUACUGCUUUCCAUAAUGAUUGCCCAACCUGUAAUCUUUUUCCAUGAACUUGGUUCUGCUCCUAAAAAUGCCAUUCUAUGUUAACUUUAAAGCUUAGCUACAGGCCCAUAGAGCAAGUAGUUGUUGGGAGAUCUUAACUCACUGACCAAGUUAAAUAGUAUUAAAUUAAAUCUCUGAUGUAGUGUGGUGUCAGUCCAUCAAGAGCCACAUACUCAGUAACAAAAUCUGUAAAAUAAUCCUGAAGAUAACCAGGAACCAUUGUAGGUCCACGAGUAUCAGUGUAACAGGUGUGUGCUUUUCAUUCAAGGUAGCAAGACAAGCUUUAUCAUUCAGUAAAGUUUGUCUGUUGAUCAGAUAGUUAAGGCUUUAUCAUAACAAAUUAAAAAACAUCCUAGGUGAUGAUAUAGAGGCAUGAGCAAUUCCCCAGUUUCAUUAACAUACCUUGCUAUAGUCAACUUUUGCACAAAUAAUGGUGACGACAUCUGCAUGCAAAAGAUGGGUACAGCUGAGAAUUGUGCAUGACAAUGAAAUGGUUUGCUAGUUUCUCUGGUUAAAUCACUUCGUGGACUUGUGGAGGGUAAGUUCAGAGAGUGGUUGAGCAUAGAACUCUGAGGUAGGUUGUUCACACCAUUUCACUGGUUUGCCUUUUAAAGAGGAUGAGUUUCUAAUGGAGCUGUGUUACUGUCUCAGUUGGGGGGAGGGGGGGUUAUUACAGAUAAUUUGGUUUUAUUAAUUGAAUUCAUAAUGAGAAUUAGCCACAUAAAAGAGUCUCUAAAGCUGAUGUUUCCAACAUUAGCCCUUCUUCAUUGGCAAUUUCACAAGACUUUGAGACACAGCCAAAUUCCUAAUACUUUUUCUGACAAUUGAAGGAGGUUUUUAUCUUUGAUGCUUGUUGAUAGUACUCAUCUCAACUCUUGUAUUUUUUUAGUGCUUAAUGUUCCCAUGAGUAUUGGGUGCAGAUCUAUUAAUAUGCCUCACAUCACUAAAUCACAUGAACAAGAGUUUCAGAUGCUGUGAAUGUUCACUGGAAAAUAAAUUGCCAGCCAAGGCACACAAAGAAUGGCAUCAAAUAUCUUAAACAAAUUAAAUCUAGUUUAAAAGAGAGAAAUACUACAAGGAUCACCUGGUGAAUUGUAGAAUCAACAAACCAUUCACAGCAGACCAUUUACCACUCUAUAAUUUUCUGCAGAAGACAUUUUAAUGCAAGGAGGUUGAAU